AUGCUGAAACUUAGUACAGAAAUGCUGAAAAAUCUGUGCAGAAAUGCGGAAAAUGCAGUGCAGAAAUACAAAUACGCAGUGCAGAAAAAAAUCACUGCUGAAGAAAGAUAUCAAGAAGUAUUACGGGAAAAAUCACAGUCUCAGUCUGAUAUUGAUCAAUGUGAAGCAUAUUACGAAGCUGCUGGGGGAACAAGGAAGAGAAGAAUAUAUGGUCUUGGAUCUCAAGCACAAACAUCAACAGCACCUUCAACUUCUCAAUCAGCACCGACAGAAAAUAUGGAGGAGUUAGUGAUGCGAUUGAUUCCUACACUGACUGAUCGCUUGCUUCCUUUAUUUAUUGAGAAGGCACGUGGAGUGAUUUUUUCACCAUCACAUCAUCCAAAUACUCCUAUCGACAAACCAUCAGUUGUGACACCCAUAGUGCCUCCUCCUACUAUUGCUAACGUUGACGAUGUUGAUCCUUUAGUUUCUGAUAAUGAUCGUAGUCCUUCACCCAUGCAUUAG